AUGACUCCUCUACUCAGUACUUCGCUACUUUUACCACUGCUCCUUCUAAUCCUCAGUAUUCAGGAUCCGACUGACGCUUGCAGGUGUGCCUCAGCCAGUCCACAGCAACAACUCUGUAGUUCUGAUAUUGUGAUUCGUGCAGAAAUAUGGGGUAAAGAAGUGAUUACACGUCAAGUGACUUCUGUGAAAAUCAUCCGGUAUGAAAUCAAAAUCACAAAGGUGUUUAAAGGUUUUGAAAAAGCAAAAGAUGUUCAGUAUGUUUUUACACCUUUGCAAUCAAGUUUCUGUAGGGUAGAAUUACAAGUCCUCAAGAGGAAAAAGAAACAGUAUCUCCUUUCAGGUAGAAUUAUACCGGAUGGAACUGUUGCUAUUUCUUCAUGCAAUUUUAUUAAACCAUGGAAUGACCUUACCCAGUCUCAAAAGAAAAAUCUAAAUAAAAAGAAUAUGGGCUGUGACUACAAACCUUCUUCCAUCACAACACCCAACGAAUGCCUAUGGACGGACUCUGAAAGAACAGUCUAUGGACAUCAAGCAAAUAAUUGUGUCUGUUUCAAGGGCAGUGAUGGAACUUGCUUGCAGUUGGCAUUAGGAUCUUCCAUAGUGAAAGAGUUAGCUGAUGCCAGUGAACCAUAA